AUGCAAGCUUCCGGAGCUCUCAGAACUGCCUCGCAGUAUAGCCGUUCUCAGGCCACAAGAUGCACAGCUGCCACCGUUUCAAAAUCCACACUCAGCGGUAGAACCAUAAGUGUCACAUUACGGGCACGGUUCUCGACGCUCUCACAAUCUCGAUCACCAGCGUUGGGACGGCAGCAGUUUCUCUUUGGCGCUGUUCGCAUGCUUCAUCAGUCACAUUACCUCUUGGCAGCGCAAAAGUCAACACCACCAUCCGCACCAACAUCAGCUUCGUCAGCUCCUUCGACCACACCGGAAAAGACCAACCUCGCAACAAAAGAUGUCACAUCGACCCAAGUCACCGACACAAAAGCAAACAAGACAUUAACAGAGAGGGCAAAGGAGCUUUGGGCCACCGCCAAGUACUUGUUUAAAUUCUACUUUAGCGGUGUAAAGCAGAUCUGGGCCAAUCGGAAACGAGUGAAGGAGAUGCAGGCGAGGGUAGCUAAUGGUGGAUCAGAGCUCACUCGCGAAGAGUCGCAAUUAAUGCAUGUGCACAAGGCUGAUAUGCGCAAGUUGCCUCUUUUCCUCUUCAUUCUGUUGAUCUUGGAAGAAGCUUUGCCGCUUGUUGUCAUUUGGGCGCCUUCCUUGCUUCCGUCGACAUGCAUCUUGCCAAAUCAGCUGGCAAAGAUUAGAAUGGGAGAGGAGGUGAAACGCGCAGAGGCUUUCCAGCAGCUCAAGCAGUCCGACAGCCUCAAAGAGCUCAUUCCUGUCAUCGAGGAGUCCAAGGAAGGUCUCAGGCUAACAAACGCGCAUCGCGAGCAGACAGAGCAGGAUAUCUUGAAAACGCUGUCGAGCGAAGAUCUCACCAAGCUCGCCAAGAUAUUCUCCCUUUCGACGUGGGGAGGUGCUGCGAUGAUCCGACGCCGACUCGACUCGCAUCUCACCUACAUUCGUCAAGACGACUUGCUCAUGUGCGCCGACGGAGAUUUCGGUGCGAUCCCUCUGCACGCCGAUGCAUUGGCAAAGGCUUGCGGCGAGCGUGGUCUGCGUUGUUCAGGCAUUGAACAUCAUGACAUGUUCGAAUCGCUACGCUCCUGGUUGCGUUACACAACGGACAACCCGGAAACAAGGGACAUCUCGAAACAAUCAGUAGCAUUGUUGCCCUUGCAGAUGUACAACCCUUCAUCGCUGCAGGAAGUUAAGGACGAGCUCGAGGCUGAAAGUGUGAGAGGACUCAUGGACAAGACAAAGGAUAUGCUGAGACAAGUCGUCGAGGAGGAGAAGAAGGUCUUGAGCCGCGACGAGAAUGCCAAACUCGAAACCGAGCUCAAGCAGCAACAGCAACAGCAGAAGAAGUAA